AUGAACCACAACCCGGGUAUCUACUCGAGUGCCCAUUCGCACUCGAGUGACAGUUCUUCGGAGGUCAAUUCCCCUCAGCUGCUCCGCUCCACCUUUCUCGGCGUGCUACGUCCAAACGAUUUGAUCUCGAAAACUGCUAUCUCCAGCCCCGGACGUGCUGCCCCUGUUGAAGAGCAAGCAGCUGAACACCUAGCGAAUAAGACUUUGCUCUCAACCCCUCCCUCCUUCCGUCAUUCUUUUGGUGCCGUACUCCGCCCAAGGGACAUCUACGCUGCGCAAGCCAACCCCGACAUCCACCGCAGCAUGCCCUGCGUACAAGACCUCGAACAAGUCGCUACUGCUCCGGAACUGUCCGGAAGCAGCGCCGAAGAGCUGUGCCCCUCCGUCGAGCUCCUCUCCCUUGAGGCCGAGAUUCGCGAAUCUGACAUCGAAUCCAUCGAAUCCCUCGUCUCGGAUGAAGAAACCGGCAGUUUCGAGCAGGCCUACGUUGAACGGCUUCGCGCUGCGGGGUACAGCUUUGAGGUUCAGGGUACCGGAGUUCUCAAGCCGUAUCGGGAGGAGCGGGACGUUGGUUGUCAGACGGAUCCGGUGCCGGAGGAGGAGAGAAACCCAGCGAAUGACAAGGAGGUGAUUCUACGGCUUUUCCAGGCGUUGCUUUCGAUCGAGAGAAACUCGGUAAAUAUCGGUGCUGCUGUCAUCGAAAGUCUCGGCUUCCAAGCCCAACAAUUCGGCUACAACUCCUGGGAGCACAUGAUUCACCACGAAGGCCCGGAUUACGGUAUCUACGUCGACUACGAGACUGGGCCCGCGCCCCGCAUCGGCUCCCUCUACGCCCUCCAACAGCAAGCCCGUCCGAAU